AUGUGCUUGAACCCUGUCACCAUCAACACUAAUCCAAGACAAUACAAUUUACAGAUCAAGCAAGGAGCCAGAACUUUCAAGAACGACAUUUUCCAGUCAGCGGCGAAAUAUGGCAAGUCUAACCACCACUUGGAAACAAAAGGUUCCCAAGGCACGCCAACGAUUCCUCGUAUACUUGUGGUGGCCUACUUUCGGUCAGGUUCCACAUUCCUAGGUGACGUGUUGUCCCAAGAUCCGCCAACUUUUUAUCACUACGAACCACUCUCCGUUCUUCAUAACGACCACACCAAACCAGUGCACAUUACUCCUCUUUGCUACAAGACCGUAAAAAACAUUUUCCGCUGCGAUUUUGAACAUGCCCCAGAAUACCUUAAAGAAGCAAAAUCCUUUGUCUUCCCAUUUAAGAGAAACAUGGCAUUGUGGUCCCGUUGCAAAGGUGACAUCGAUGCCUGCUUUAGCCCUGAAUUCAUAGCCUCUAUUUGCAACACGUCUACAAUGCAGGUGAUGAAGGUUACCCGGUUAAGGCUUCGUCAUGUACUACAGUUGAUCAAACACAACGAUGAUCUUUACCGGAGUAUCAAAGUCAUACACCUCGUAAGAGACCCAAGAGGUAUAUGGGCUUCCAGGCUGCGCGAGACAUGGUGUACGUACGAAAUGGGGUGCAAGGACAUUCGGACACUCUGCCAAGAAAUGAGGGACGACAUUAACAUGUUUCUUGAACUUAGGGAGAUUCUUCACGAUCGGCUGAUACGGGUUUACUAUGAGGACAUCGCGCUAAGUCCGGAGGCAGGCAUAAAACACCUUUUAAGUCGUCUCGGGUUAAAUUAUACUUUGCAUGUUUCAAAAUUCCUUAGGACACACACAUUGGCAAGCGAAUCAGAACUGGGUAAUUCAUUUUCAACAAAAAGAAACUCAAGGAAGACUGUUUUCCGUUGGACCUACUGGCUCAGUUAUACUGAGGUUGUCAAGCUUCAGGAGGCUUGUCCUGACGUAUUUGAAAGUCUGGGGUACCCAAUCGCCCUAAGCGAAGCGAGUUUGAGAACACAAGUCGAGAAAAAUUUUAUAAAACGAAGAAAAUACAAUUAUAUAACCUAG